CGAUCGAAAGAGGAAAAGAUCCAACGAUCCGCUGUAGUGCUUUUCAAAAACGGCACUCUUCUUGUUGAACGAUAAUUGAACGAUAAGAGACCGGAGGAGUCAGCAACCAAGAAAUAGGUCGAUAAGGUUCCGCCAGCACGAAACAAGGAGACAAAAUAAGAGCAGAGCAAAGGCAAGCUACCGACCGAGAAAUCAGCCUAUUAUGGGGAUGCAGCGAAAGCAGAGMCGUGCGGAAGCUGCCGGAGACAUGACUCGACGGAUGAUUUGCGGUGGCCUUGCCGGCUGUAUUGCGAAGACCGUCACAAACCCAUUGGAACGCAUAAAAAUGUUGUCCCAAACGGGAGAGCACGGGCUGAAAGAAACAUCGGUCGUAGCGCUGUACCGCAACAUCCUCAAGAACGAGGGGAUUUUGGGUUUGUGGGCGGGAAAUGGAGCGAACCUGCUGCGAAUAUUCCCCAGCAAGGCGAUCGUCUUCUCGACGAACGACAUGUACCAGGGAUUCCUCCGGCGAUUGCUAUCGUCGAGCGAGGGAAACGAUGCAUACAUUCACGAGGAUCCCAAGCAACGGAAGAAAUUGCCCUCCGCACUCUCUUUUUUGGCGGGGGGACUUGCGGGGAUGUCAGCUACAGCGUGUACGUAUCCCUUGGACUUUGCCAGGGGACGCAUCGGCGGAAAACUAGGGUCCCGUGCUAGCGACGGAGUAGUAAAGAAGGAGUAUAGGGGCAUUGUGCACACCGUACUUUUGACGGUGAAAGAAGAAGGCCUUCCGGCCUUGUACAAGGGCGUGACACCAACCUUGAUUGGAGCCCUUCCCUACGAGGGUAUCAAAUUCGGAACCGUGGGUUUGUUGGACUCUCUCGCUCCGGAGUCGUCCUCUUCGGCAUCGCCGGCCGUGCGGAAAAUGGUUUUCGGAGGUUUGGGUGGGGUUGCAGCCGGAAUCAUCACCUAUCCCAACGACACCGUGCGGCGGCUCUUGCAGCUCCAGGGCAGCCGGGGGACCACGGCUCAGUAUUGCGGGUACUGGGAUUGCGUUCGAAAGACAUACCGUGCCGGGGGCCUCAUCCGGUUCUACAAAGGGGCUGCCAUCAACAUAAUACGAAUGGCUCCAAAUUCCGCGGUGCAGUUUGGAUCAUACGAACUUCUCAAGGAAUGGUCGAGUGAUAUAUGAGAACAGCACGAGUCUCUCCAUCUUUCACUAGUUUUGUUAUCCAAUAACUCGCCGUCUUAUCU